GCCUUGGGAGUGGGGCUUACUCCAGACAAGUCAAGAACUGCUGGACCACCAGAGCCCAGUACAAUGGAACAUGCAGUGGAGACUAUCAUGCCAUGGAGAUACCCCUGUCCAAACUAGGAGGGGGGCGAAGGGCUUGGAAACUAGAAAAUGCUAGAUCUGAGCAAAGCGAGAGGAGAGAACAAGGGCAGCAACACACAGAGCUCUGUGUAUUCAGAGGGAAGUUGGCAGGGUUGUGCCCGGGCAGAGAAACUCCGAGUGGUACAAAGGGACGUGCCCGGAGUGGAGAAAUCAUGCUAAUUGUCUGCACCAGAGCUGGAGAACGCCACCCAAAAUGAAGAGAGAAAGGGGAGCCCUGUUCAGAGCCUCCAGGGCCCUGCACCUCGCUCCUUUUGUCUACCUGCUUCUCAUCCAGCCAGUCCCCCUGGAGGGGGUGAACAUCACCAGUCCAGUACGUCUGAUCCACGGCACGGUGGGGAAGUCGGCCCUGCUUUCUGUGCAGUACAGCAGCACCAGCAGCGACAAGCCUGUGGUGAAAUGGCAGCUGAAGCGUGACAAGCCAGUGACUGUGGUGCAGUCUAUAGGCACAGAGGUCAUCGGCACUCUGAGGCCUGACUAUCGAGACCGUAUUCGGCUCUUUGAAAAUGGCUCCUUGCUUCUCAGCGACCUGCAGCUGGCGGAUGAGGGAACCUAUGAAGUGGAGAUCUCCAUCACUGAUGAUACCUUCACAGGAGAGAAGACCAUCAAUCUCACAGUAGAUGUGCCCAUUUCAAGACCACAGGUGUUAGUGGCUUCAACCACUGUGCUGGAGCUCAGCGAGGCCUUCACCCUCAACUGCUCCCAUGAGAAUGGUACCAAACCCAGCUACACCUGGCUGAAGGACGGCAAACCCCUCCUCAAUGACUCCCGAAUGCUCCUGUCCCCUGACCAAAAGGUGCUCACCAUCACCCGAGUCCUCAUGGAGGAUGAUGACCUGUACAGCUGUGUGGUGGAGAACCCUAUCAGCCAGGUCCGAAGCUUGCCUGUCAAGAUCACCGUGUACAGACGAAGCUCCCUCUAUAUCAUCUUGUCUACAGGAGGCAUCUUUCUCCUUGUGACCCUGGUGACAGUCUGUGCCUGCUGGAAACCCUCCAAAAAGUCUAGGAAGAAGAGGAAGUUGGAAAAGCAAAACUCUUUGGAAUACAUGGAUCAGAACGAUGACCGCCUAAAAUCAGAAGCAGACACCCUGCCCCGAAGUGGAGAACAGGAGCGGAAGAACCCAAUGGCACUCUAUAUCCUGAAAGACAAGGACUCUCCGGAGCAGGAUGAGAACACCGUUACAGAGCCUCGGAGCACUACAGAACCAGGCCCACCUGGCUACUCUGUGUCACCACCAGUGCCGGGCCGCAGUCCGGGACUGCCCAUCCGCUCAGCCCGCCGCUACCCUCGCUCCCCAGCGCGCUCCCCCGCCACCGGCCGGACGCACACGUCACCGCCACGGGCCCCAAGCUCGCCCGGCCGCUCGCGCAGUGCCUCGCACACACUCCGGACUGCGGGCGUGCACAGAAUCCGCGAGCAGGACGAGUCUGGGCAGGUGGAGAUCAGUGCCUGAGCUGCCUUGGGAGUCCAUUCCGGUUGCCCACGGUCUGCUAUCCGCAGCAGUGGGGGAGGCUGAGAAGUUCCGGGGCCGCUGGCCUGGUGCGAUGGGAGAACGUGGCCAGAUCCCCGUUUAGGGUACACACGUGUAUGAGCUUGCACAAAUGGGGUGGAGCGCUGAUCUCGGUGUUAAGCCCUAUUGCAUGUGUGCUGGGUUUACUGGUUCUGUUUUCUGUGUUCUCAGUGGGUGUGAACUGUGCCCUUUUAGGACUACAUAGAUUAUUAAAUGUCCGGCCCAAUCCCCGGAAAGGUUUUAUGGUAACUAACAUCUGUAAUUUUACCCUGUGAGACAUCCUACGCGCCCCCUAGGGAGCAUUUAUGCUUUCCAUCCACCUUCCCUGACACCUUCGAUCCCUAACGUCUAUGGUACACCCCUCCCCCCAGUCCAAAUUAGAGGUCACUUACCCACAAACGCAAACUGUCCUUAACUAAAGAUGUCUGAUGCUGGUUCCUUGGUGUACAGGGCCUGUUCUGAUCACAAAGGAAUUUUAAUCUUAGAGGACCUUUCUGGACACCUGGUUCCCCAUCCUUCCCGAAAGCGAGGGUGAACCCUAUGGGCAUUCUUUCUAGAACCCUAGGAACCUGGACUAGGCAAGGACAAAAUAUCAGGCUUUCAGUGCUUGGUGGCCUCCAGUAACUUCCUCAGAAGCUUGCUAUACUGAUCUUUCUUCCUAUCUUUGCUCAUGAGAAUGUGGGUGGACGUGUACCUAUAGAGCAGUAGUUCUCAACCUGAGGGUCACAACCCCGCCAGGGGUCACAUAUGAGAUAUUUAUAUUAUGAUUCCUAACAGUAGCAAAUUACAGUUAUGAUGUAGCAAUGAAAUAAUUGUUUAGCUGGAGGUCACCACAGCAUGAGGAGUUGUAUUAAAGGGUCACAGCACUAGAAGAGUUGAGAAACAUGGCUCUAGAGAUUUGCAUGGCCACACACCACUGAGCCAGAAGCUGCAUCUGGGAAGGACCUGAUUUUGACCAUUCACACUCUUCUUCCUUGCUUUCUUACAAAACAAGCAUUUCAAUCAUCCGCAGAAAGGUUAAAGGGCUUCCUGGGGCUGUAAGGAAAUAAGGUUCUGCUCUGCAGAGAAACCCAGAAAGAAGAAGCAGCUCCCCAGCCUGCCUAUCAGGGCAGCCGUAGCAUACUCCCUAGCCUUCUGUUUUCCACCUGCCUUGCUCCUAGAUACCCAGAACGCAGGACAGUGGACAGAACCGGCUCCAUAAUCUGUACCAUCAGAGAACUAAGAAGCUGGGCCACUCCCCAGGCACCACCUCUUUGGGAUUUUAGAAGAAAGGAAAUAACCUACUGUGUGACUACAGAAAGCACACAAAUGGCUGAAAGACAAGAGGGUCCAGGAUGUUCUGCCCUCUCUUACUUAAUGCCCUCAGGGACCUUGUGUCUCCUGUCGCUCCUCAACGUCUAACUUCAGUUCUGUCUCUGCAUCAUCCCACAAGCGACUCCCAAGGCCCCAUAUCCAUCACCUCCACACCAGAACACCAGCCCUGCGGGCACCAAGAUUUCUAGCUUGCCUACAUCCCCUCACCCCACCAGUGCGUCUCUCGGCUUUCCAUUCUGAUGGCUUUCUCCCUGCUCACGUGACUUGUCUGCAACUCUCCUUGCUUAGCCAGAACCCACAAUCCACUAACCUUCCCAGCUGCCCCAUCCACCAUAAAAUAGUGAACGUAGGUGAUAGCGCAGGCAGGUUAGGAGAUGUAAGACUUGGAGAAGGGGAUACAGGGGUGAGGGAUAGGGUGAGAUGGAAGCGUGCCACACCCUGGUGCUGUAUUCCGGCAGGGCUGACUUCCCAGACUCAAGCCGAAUUUGCCUUAAAACGGGGGUAAGUAAGGAAGUUAUUUUUUGUUUGUUUGUUUUCAUUUUUGUUUCGCUCUGUUUUGAUCUUCCUCUUUGUAUUACUGGCAUCUGGCAGAGUGUGUAGCACACCCCGGAUGCUCAAUAAACUUUUGAUGAAAUGAAAACGUUAUCUCCACAUAUGCAAGCUGAACAAAUG